ACCUCCAGUGUAGCGAGGCAUCAGAGCCAGGAUGACGUUCAUCGCCAAGACUUUUUACGACCUGAGGGCCACCUCGCUGGAGGGAGACGUGGUGGACUUCAACGUGUUUAGGGGUCGGGUGGUUCUGAUUGAGAACGUGGCCUCACUUUGAGGCACCACCACCCGGGACUUCAAUGAGCUCAGCCAGCUGCAGAGCAAGUACCCCCAUCGCCUGGUGGUCCUGGGUUUUCCCUGUAACCAGUUUGGAUAUCAGGAGAACUGCACCAAUGCUGAGAUCCUGAACUCACUGCAACAUGUCAGACCAGGCGGCGGCUUUAAGCCCAACUUCACUAUAUUCGAGAAGUGUGACGUCAACGGAACAAACACGCAUCCAGUCUUUGCAUAUCUGAAACAUAAACUCCCUUACCCCGACGACGACCCCAGCUCACUAAUGCAGGAUCCCAAAUUUCUUGUUUGGAGUCCAGUCAACCGCACGGAUGUAGCUUGGAACUUUGAGAAGUUUCUCAUUGCCCCUGAGGGGGAGCCUUUCAAAAGAUACAGCAGAAAUUUCCCCACCAUUGAUAUGGAGCCUGACAUUCAACGAUUGUUGAGGUUAACUAAGGCAUAAAAAUAAUCUAUUUCUGUCCAUUUAAGCAUUUCCUUCUCUGUUUAAGCCUUAAUAAAUGAUGAUGGUAUUCUAAAAAGUUCAGGGAAUAUCAUUUGAAGUCUUAUAAGUGCUUAGCAUGAUGGAUAAAUUAAAAAAAAUAUAUAGACAAAGAAGAACAAAUACUUCCUUUAAAAGAAUACAUUUGAAUGUUUAAUUAUGCAUUCCUCUUCUGCUUAACGUUCUGUGCAAGUAAUGCCAGCAGAUGGUGCUGCUUAAUUGUAUUUAGUCAUACAGGUUUGCAUGAAUAGAGAUGAAAUAAAAGCUAUGAAAAGUU